AUGACGGCAACCCAGAUCUGGUUCACAGCCAGACGAAGCUACGAGAGAUACCAGAAGCACGACCUCCCUAUAUACUUCACCUCAAGUCAAACCACAGACCAAUCGAAGAUACCUCUACCUCUACCAUCUCAGCGUAGAGGAAGAUACCAGCCACAGCCCUGGGACCCGGAAAUGGGUUAUUAUCCCGAAAAAGGAGUUAACGUCAAAACAAUUUACGAGCGAUCUUGGCGCAACAGGCAUAAACCAGUCGAAGUCCCAGAAUUUCAGGACGAGAGCUUCGGCUCUCCAGAUUACCCAGAGAUUUCGGUCCAUUGGCUGGAAGUUUGGGGCGAGAACCCAAACUAUGACGGGAAGAAGGAUUUGAUGUUAGCGACAGAGGCCAUUUGUCGAGCUGAGGCUGCGCGUUUGGACCUGAAUGCUGUUGUGAUCCGUACUGGAUUGCAUAAUAAGAAGAACCGGCACGCCCUUGACGGAACCGUGCUUACCUACCAGGAUUCACGCACCGGGUAUACAAAGAAUGAUGUUGCCAUUGCUGACUGGCACUUCACGGUUUAUAUGGGUUACGAUGAGGAAAACCUCAUCGUUCAAGGCCACAUCUAUGUGGCCUUCGACUCCAAGGCCCCGCGGGGGCUUAGGAUCAUGAACAACCCGUCCGUGGAGAGGAAGCACGUCGACCCUGGCAAGGGGCACGUGGCUUCGGAGUUCUGGACUGUGACUUAG